AUGCUCGACCUCUUACAGACCGAAUUCUGCCCACCGCUAGAUUCAUCUCUCAUUGCAGCCAUCGCUGCUGAUUAUCUCCCUGAUAGUGACAAUUUUUCAGGAGAGUUUUCUCAGGAUGAUCUGCAGGCCGCUAGGGCAGUGCUCGCUGAUCUCGCCGCCGAGGCAGAAAGACAACUGUCAGAUGAAGAUGCUCUCUCCGAACGAAUCUCGCGUGUGCGCAUAUGCCCAACGUCCAUCACUGACGAAACCAGCAGCUCGCACGACUAUUUCUCCGGACGCAACUCGAAUUCUAAUACCGCCACCAGUUCUACCUCGGAUGUGUCUGAUCAGCAUUCGUUCAGUUCUCCUAUCGGUUUCCUACAAGCUGCUUUCCCCCAUAUACCUAUCGCCAAACUCAAGUCUACUCUAGCUGACAGUGGAGAUGCGGAAGACGUGGACAUGGAGUCGAUCGUGGAAGGUCUACUCACGAAUGAGUAUGUGCGCGACCUACAGGAGCGCGGCCUGGAAGACGACGAGUUGCCUGUGGAAUUUGAUGGGCAGUGGCUCACUGUUGAGUCAAAGAAAAAGAAAAUCGACCGCGUGCCACCCUGGACUCCGAAGAAGGGAAAUAAACGUGGUACUACCUUUACUAUCAUCGACAUACGACAGAAGCAGCAUACCCGUGCCACUCCUUCCGAAGUGCGAAUAGCUGGUGCUGAUCCAUGGACACAAGUCUCGUCCGUCGCAUCCUAUCUCUCUACAUUGCUCCCAGAGUAUUCUGCGUCUUAUUUCCAGUCUAUCUUUCAUGCUCCAGAGCACCCGACCCCUGCCAAAGCACUCCGCGCCGCUCUGCUCUCCAUGUCCUCCGCUCCAUCGAACCCCAGAUCCCUGGUAGAGCUCUCGUCUGAGAAUACCUCCCAUCUCUUUAGCAUGCUGGGGCUUCUAAGUGCCUCGCCGAUCUAUGCCACACUGAAUGCAGAGGAACGCAGUCAGCUCGCAUUCGAUGUAGAGCUUGCACUUCGUGCCACGCACGGACAACCUGACCCCGCAAUCGAUCUCGUCUGGCUUCUCCGUGAUCUGGAGUCCGACUCCGUUUCCGGUGAAAUGACAUGGGGAGUAUACCAUGCACCUGUACCACCACCCAGUUCCUCCUCUUCGUCCUCCCUUAUACACCCACCGAGAGGCACUCCGAAGUUGCCCACAGGUCCUCCCCCGGUCCAGGCACCACCGUCUCCCCCGUCUUCUUCUCGCUUUUCACAUUAUACUCCGCCUGCUAAUACUUGGAAGACCGUCCCCCAGCGUACGCCGACCUCGCACGAACCUCAUCCACUUGUGAGCUUUAUUCCUGCAUAUGCUCCCUCUCCUGGCAAGCGCAAAGUACGCGGCGGUGGCAACGGCCUCGGGAAGGGUGGAAAGGGUGAUGUCGGUGAAUUGCGGGGCUCAAUGGCGAGGCAUAGAGGCCGUGCAAUGGACCUUAUGGAGAGAAGGAGGGAGGCGCUGAGGCAAGCAGGAAUGGCUUGGCAGAGGGGAAACGCGAGGACGCACGGUGGAGAGGUCGCAUUGUUUUUUGCGGAGAGAGCUCGUAAGCUGCAGCAGGAGGCUCGGGAAGAGCAGAUGGACGCUGUGCGUGAGAUGGUGCAGGCCAAACGAAUGACGUCGGCCAACCGAGACACUGUCGAUCUGCACGGUACUACCACCACGGAAGCCGUCCGAGUCGUAAAAGAUAUUCUCAGCCAAGAAGGCGCAUCUGCUGCUAAACCGCUCAGGAUCAUCACCGGCCGCGGCAAGCACUCUGCGAACGGGGUCGGGGUGCUCGGUCCCGCUGUCAAGAGCGCCCUCGUGGAAGACGGGUGGAUGGUGGGCGCGCACGACGGUGGAUUGGUCGUUCGCGGUCGAGCAGCCUGGAGGACAUAG